AGUCGUUGGAUGUUAUGUAUAAGGAUGAAUUGAGUAUCUCUCACAAGUCCAAGCUCUGGCCAACCCCGCUUAUCUAAUCAGCCCAGCGCCAUUGCUUGGGUUCUGGAUGAAAGAAUCAGCCUGAACAACCAGCACAGUGAUUGACAGUCCAAAGCUCAGCAAUCAAUCCUUUCAACAUUUAUCGCGUCAUAGCUUCAACCGCAAAAAUGUCGACGGAAAUGGAACUCGAUCCCCCUCCUCUGGACAGGAAAAAUUUUGGCCAUGCCCCAUCCUCACAUGCAACCGGCGAAACCCUCACCCAAGCUGGCGCAGUCGCCGUCCGGAGUAUUGAAGGCUGGAUUGUUCUUGCGACCAACAUUCAUGAGGAAGCUUCUGAAGAGGACGUUACCGAUCUGUUUGCUGAAUACGGAGAAAUUAAGAAUUUCAAUUUAAAUCUGGAUCGGAGGACAGGUUACGUGAAGGGCUACGCUUUGAUCGAGUACACGACAUUACCCGAAGCGAAAGCCGCCAUCGAAGCGCUCAACGGAGCCAAACUACUUGAUCAAUCCAUCCAGGUCGAUUUCGCAUUUGUCAGACCACCGCCAUCACAUAAUAAAGGCAAAUCCGGAAACGUCGGGAAUCGCGCUCGGGGAGGCCGCUCCCGGAGCAGAAGUCGAAGCCGAAGCCCUGAGGGCCAGGCCGGACGAGGUUAAACCUGGCCCAGGUUGUGAUGAUUUUUACUGCGGAAUAUUGUUUCUUCCAGCGAAUCUGUCUUCUCAAUACUCUUUUGCCCCGGCGCUACUCUUUAUGCAAUAUCAAUGUGCAUACAGAACCUUGGGUGCUUGGGGGAAUAUGUGUGGAGAAAAUUUGGUUGGGGCUGCAUACGAUGUAUCCAUGGCGAUGUGAUUCCACUGAAGCAGUGGACGUUUUCAUUUUAAAUCGCCGACUCUGCCUUCCUUGAUUACGCCCGCAUCUCGCUUGCGCGCUCUUAGCGCAUUGUCUGAAUGCGAAGGUGUUAGGGAACAGGAGUGUCGGCACUUGAUAAUCUGAAGGGAUAGGUGCCUUCUUUAAUCAUAAAUUGGACCGAAUGAUAUAUAAAAUUUCAAAUAUUUUUCCAACGGUUUCUCUCUACUUGUGUCAUACAGCCGCUGCUAUUUUCCCAGGCCUUCUUUGAACGACUAACGCCCAACCCCCGUAUAUGCAGCUACAAAUGUGCGCAUAACAUACCAAACUACUUAAAUCAUACUAGAAGUAAUAUAGCCUACGAUUGUUCCGUUCUCCAAAGGUGUUCUGCUAAAUUUUGAUUUAAAAUGCAUAAAUAACCUACGUCAUGACGUCCACGAGAUUUUCCAGCUCGACACAGUUGGUUUCGUGAACGGUUGUUUUCUAGUCAAAACGUAUUGCCAAUUGAUUCUCAGCUGCUACUAAACAAUCAUGAGCCGCAUCAGACGUCACAGGAACUGAGUAAGAUUGUCCGGCUGGUUGCUAUGCUGAAACACUCAACCUUAUGAGCCAAAUAGCUCGUGCCACACAUACAUCAGGCGAAUAGGAAUAACUGAGUAUAUUGGAGGGAUUUCAGAAUAACAUUCACGCAUAACUAUGUACACAGUUCUCCGAAACUUCAGAAUGACAUUGCGAAAUUUAUCCUCUAGCUCCCGAAAUUGAGAUAUUUUUCAUGCCCCCCUAUCUCAUGAAUCCCAUGAACCUGUCAAGGCCAAACUCUACGGCCGCUGUAUGGCUGCCAUCUUGCAUAUAGUCUUAAAAAUAGCAACAUACAGUAGUACUUUUA